ACUCUCCUUUACACAACCCCAAAAAUAGACCUCUCAUCUCUCUCUCUUCUUCUCCUUCUCUCCGCUACAUUCUUCGCUCUCCUCCCAAAAAGUCUCUUCCUUUUUCAUCUAUUUACAUUUCUAACCUUCUCUGUUGUUCCCCCAAUGGAACGGCUAACCUCGGAGCUUUUCCUCGUCGCCGGUAACACUGACUCUUUCGUCGUCGACGACCUCCUUGACUUUUCUAACGACGACGGUGAAAUUGACGACGGCUUUGAAACUCUUCCCGAUUCUUCCGCCCUCUCCACCGGCACUCUCACCGACAGUUCCAACUCCUCCUCGCUUUUCACCGACGUCACUGGCUUUUCCGACCUCUGUGUUCCGAGAGACGACAUAGCUGAAUUAGAAUGGCUAUCAAAUUUUGUGGAAGAAUCAUUCUCAGGAGAAGUCCAAGACAAGCUUCACUUAUUAUCCGGUUUAAAAAACCCUCAAACCACCGGGUCGACCCUGACCCACCUGAUUAAAUCCGAACCCGAACCCGACUUUGAUCAAUUCAUCGACAUCGAUGAAUCCAACGUCGCCGUUCCUGCCAAAGCGAGAAGCAAGAGAUCACGCUCUGCAGCCUCCACGUGGGCUUCCCGCCUUUUAUCCUUAGCCGACUCCGACGAAACCAAUCCCAAGAAGAAACAACGAAGAGUUAAAGAACAAGACUUCGCCGCAGAUAUGGACGUUGACUGCGGAGAAACCGGAGGAGGACGACGUUGUCUGCACUGCGCGACGGAGAAGACGCCGCAAUGGAGGACGGGACCGAUGGGUCCGAAGACGCUUUGCAACGCUUGCGGAGUAAGGUACAAAUCAGGGAGGCUCGUGCCGGAGUAUAGACCUGCGUCGAGCCCAACGUUCGUGAUGGCGAGGCACUCGAACUCUCACCGGAAAGUGAUGGAGCUCCGGCGACAGAAGGAGAUGAGAGACGAGCAUUUGCUGAGUCAGCUUAGGUGUGAGAAUCUACUGAUGGAUAUCAGAUCCAACGGUGAAGAUUUCGUAAUGCAUAAUAAUAAUAACCACGUGGCUUCUGAUUUUAGACACUUAAUCUAGCUUCCUAUUUCCACGUGGAUAAUUUCGCAAUAAUUUGUUCUUUUCGUU